AUGAACCAGAGGGCAGCUCGAUUGGAAGAGCGUAUCUCGUUCAUGGAAAAUAUCCUCAGCAAUAAACUUGCGGACAACUUCCUUGGCAAACCAAUCAAUACAUCAGUAGAAAGCGAUGCAGAUCCGAGCCAAAUGAAGGGGUUGUCAUCCAUCCAGCAGGGUUUCUUUACGCUUGCUGGCAAGGGAAGUUUAGCUUACGAUAAGUACGGAUGCUGCGAUUCGGACCCUACCACGAUCAUACCACAGGCGCGGAAAUUGGUACAGUCAGUUCUGGGCUAUUCAGUGAAUCUUCAAGGUCUUUUCCAACCUAGUCCUCCUUGGCAAUGUUACGAAUCAGAGCAUGUGCGUCAAGCCCUGCCGGUACCACGUUUGAUGAAACUCCCAGACAUCAGCAUUAUCAAUGACUGUGUGGCGGCAUACUUCAGCUCAUCUAUACGCUUUGUACUCCCAAUUAUAGAUCGGACUCUCUUCAAAAACACAAUCAACCUUGCCUACUCGGCGUCAUCGGCCGAUUAUCCAGGAACCUCAGCUGCUAGGGCAUGCAUUUGGGCGUUCCUAUCCUUGUGUUCGAUAUUGAACUUACCUGUGGUGCAUGUGCUACCCGUCGACGCUUUCACUCUUGCCACGGAAGUUGAAAAUUACAUGCCUCGUAUUCUCCAAGAGGACACGAUCGACGGGCUCCAAACACUUCUCAUGCUGCUAGUUUUUCAUUCUUCCUCCGGGAACUUGCGGAACGGACUCUUUCUGGACUCUCUCGUGGCCCGAUUAAUUUAUAGAUUUGGUGCUCACGUGAAGUCUCCGCCAGCAUCUGGUGAAUUCUUCCACGAGAAUGAUUUGUCCCCAGUGGGUUACCAUCUCCGCAAUCUGUUCUGGAUUGCUUACAUAAUCGACAAAGAGUUGUGCAUUCGGAUGGGUCAACCGGCCGCUAUUCAAGAUGAAGCCUGCGACCUCACCCUCCCACCAGGCUACGAAGGUCAGCUCGCGGCAUUAGGAUUGGCUAGCGAGUGUGAUCAGCUAGAACCAAGAGGCCACUUGUACCCGACUGAUCUCCGGUUAAUCAAGAUCAAGUCUCGUGUCUAUAGUGCAAUUUACGGGCCGGCAGCUCUGCACAAGCCGGACGCCGACCUCUUAAAGUCUAUUCGUGAACUUGACGAAGAGCUCGAGCAGUGGAGGCUGUCGAUACCUUUACAAUACCGACCCAGCCUUUCAAGGGCCCCACAGCAAAUGACCGAUGCCAGCCCUCAUAUAAGAAUGCAUACCGUCCUCCUCCAGGUCGGCUAUUAUCAUUGUGUGGCCAUUCUUCACCAAGCUUGUGGCCGAUCCAAGGCAUGGACUAGCGGUGAGACCAAUGGAGUCGAUGGGAUUGGAAUGAGCUUUAGACUCGCGGUGGAAUCGAGUCGAUCAUCUCUCUUAUUCCUCCGGAAAGUUCUGCCUACACUGCCGGAGGGAACUUUCUGGUAA